AUGUUGAAUCAGAUGGGCAGCGUGCUCAUGCCUUAUCUGCUCUGCUCAGCACGGGGAAGAACACCCCUAUUCUGGGCCGUUCUGAGCGGCAACACCUUGGCAGUGAAGUUCCUCACUGAAACGUCAUAUAUCGGAGUCGAUUGCAAAGGUUUGACCGGGCAAACACCGUGGUCCGGCCGGGUGGAUGUCAACUCCCAGGACGUCAACGGCCGUAACCCCCUAUCUUGGGCUGUCGGCCCCUGCUAUCCCGAAAAUCCUAUUCAUGGGCAAGCAACUUCGUACAAGUUCGCACAUUGGGCUGGUGAAGAGGGUGAUUUGGAUGUAGUCAAGGCACUUCUUGACUGCCCAACUAUUGACGCCAGAAUUCCCGAUCUCUUCGGCCACGCACCUAUGUGGUGGGCUCAGACCUACAGAUACUACCAGAGGAAACUGAGGGAGAAUUGUUAUCCGAAAAAUCCGAAAAGUCUUCGUUUCGCUCCCGUCGACAAUAAUCACCAUGCUGAAUUUAUUGAGCUCCUGGCAGAUCAUAUGUUGAGCAACCGCAUCAUAGAUGACUACUCAGUCAAUGUGAACUAUGAUGAAGCUGCCGGCGUCAAUUGGAUGACUUGGAGUGGGGAUCAAUGGGUCUCUUUUGACAAUGGCAAAACGCUCAAGCAGAAGGCCGAUUUCGCUAAUAGCAAAUGCCUUGGGGGCCUUUUCAGUUGGGCGCUUGAUCUAGGAGGCCCUGGCUCCUUGGCCAAUCCUAACGAUCUAAGUUACGACGAUACAAGCAUGGAGGGUGCGAAUGCAGACGGAGGCAGCGAUGGAACUGGCCUUUUUUAUGUCGGCCAGGAGAUCUUCGAAGAAGGUCAAAACACCGUGACUGCUGUGGCCCCGGUCAGCGUCAUCUUCCCGAAGUCCAUUCUAGGAUCGCCAACAACCAUUGAUUUUGGCGCUGGGUAUCCAACUUCAUUGGAAGUCGCAGCUUCCACCACAGCUACUGUCGUACGUGGAACGGUCACAAGUGUCACAACCACUGUGACGAGGUAUAUUGUGGAGACAACUAUCCCCCUAAACCAGCUCGUUAUCGGUACCAUCAAUUACUACAACUGGAACAUCACCCGGGGUAUCAAAUCCACCGAGACGCUCUUGGUUCCAAGCAUUGAAAUACCCCCAGCCAUAGUGACGGACAAUCCUAAUCCAAUGAAUGAGACUGGCGUUUAUCACACCCCUCUGGUUACUCGCACAGUGAGCAUUCCCCCAUGGCCAUGGACUACGGAUGAUAUGAAGUUCCCAACAGUGACCUUCUCAGAAGGUGAUCCUCCUGGCCCUACUUGCACUGCCAACUGCGGUCACAAAUGCUACAGUUUCUGUGACGGACCUUGUCUGGUUAAUUGCGGCAAGGAGAGCUCUUCGAGUUUCAUAGAUCCGCUGGAUCCUGACCCACCUACAGUUGAAAAAUGCUCGGGACCUGGAUGUGUUAACGGGGAAUGUGACGAUAAUGGCCUGUGUAUCGAGAAGGGCUGUGAAGGAGAUGGUUGUAAGGAUCGGGUCUGCAUCAGCGAUGACUGUACACCCACGGGCUGUACAGGGGAUGAUUGUACCGACGGUCAUUGCUCGGGCAGCAACUGUCAGGAUCACGGUUGCAUCGGGCCCGAUUGUGACAGUAGUGGUUCUGGCAAGUGCUUUGGUCUACGGUGUCUCUCAUGGGGUUGUAUCGGGUCCGACUGCUCCUCGGUUGAUUUCACCUGCACUGGUCCUCUCUGCCGCAUCGUGACGUGCUCCGGACGCGAUUGUGCCAAUGGAAUCUGCACAGGUCAAGAUUGCGAGUCGGAAGACAACGAUUGUGAAGCAGAAGAGGCGGAUUCCUGCACAGAUUGGAUAUCCAGUACACUGGUCACGCCCGCCUCGACCUACUCAACCACCACGAUAACGACCCGCUGUGAUACAAUUACUGCCUGUUCUGCCAAAGCUACCACCACGACUAGCACAGUUGACGAAGACGGCCUGAUUGAGGGCACUAUCACUGACUUCCAAUGGGCAACGACCACCGACGAUGCGGAUCUGACCAGCUACCUCGAGUCGGACUAUUCUGCCUUCUGGUCGGCCUUUGAUUCUACCAGCACCACUACGACUACAACGAGCACAACUACGACGAAGACGACAACAACAACUUCAUCACGUCCAACAGAGACGAGCUAUGAUUGUAAAGGCUCAAUUAGAUGUGGAUCAUUUGCCAACCUUCACAGUUUCUGUAAUAUGGCAAAGGACUUCCUAACUGAGACCGAGUUAUACGGAACCAAAGAUUCUGAUGCUGAUACUGGAACAUGCUACACGGACGGUAAGAAUGCUGAGUUUGGCUGCGGCGUCUUUGUCGAGGGAGACGACUGUGAAAUGACUGGAGAUCAGAUGGCAGCAGCAUAUGAUCAUAUCUUCCAAGAAACCGGUGGAGGAUGUGGAAUUUGCGGCCAUGCUUUUUUCCCCAAUGGAUGCCAGUUAACGGUCAACUACGUUAGUGGCUGUAAGACGACCAACGGGGCUUUACAGGCUCAUGUGGGUAAUAGUACGGCCAAUUACACCAUGUCGGCCGUGUAA